ACGUCGGAACUCGAGAUUUGUGCAGUGUAUCGCUUACCGCUCGCGCUGCCGCUCGUCGAUUGCUCCUCUCUCGAUGAUACAAGUCGAUCCUCCUCGUUGUGUCGUCUGACCCGUUGUGCUCCGUCGAUGACAACAACAUUAACAACGAGAAAACGAUAAAAGGAGAAAAGUGCGGAAUCGCUCUCGGUGGUGGCUUAUAGGGUACAUAUUAUAUUUUUCGAGCAUCGUUCGAGUGCCGAUCUUCGCCCGAUUUUCGAGCGUUACGAGUGUCGAGUGUGUGUGUUUGUACUUGGUGUAUCGGCCCCGCAGUGUUGUCGUUAUAAUUGAUACGAUAAACAUUGUACAAUCCGCAGUUGUCUGUUAUAUUAUUACAGUGCACAGGUGAUAUAUAUAUUGGUGAUCUAUUGGUCAGUCAAAAUACCAAAAAAAAUAUUAUUUAGUUUUAUGCAGUGGAUAAAAUUAGUGCAUUCGGACGCAAGAGAGCAUUAGUUCGUCGAUUCAUCGGAUACACUUCUUUUCUUUUAUUUUUUCUUUUCUUUUCUCGUGCGUGUGUGUUUUUUUUUCUUGACCACUCCGCGCGUUAUUUAGCGCGCAACACGCAUUGUGGUAUACAUAUAGAUCUUCGAAGCUACAUAGCCGUAGAAAGCAGCGCAGAAAUAGCUGUAUAUCCACUCGAAGGGGGGCCGGGGGCAAUUAGAAAGGAAGAAAAAAAGCUGCUGGAGUAAUUACACAUCGGAUUUCGCUGUUGUUGGCGCUGAUAACGCGACACGCGAGUCGCUCCGCGGGAUAUGUCGUAAGAAGAAAAAUAAGAGCCAAAGGAAAAAGAAAUACAUGUUGGCAACGAGCGGGAAAGAUCCGCUGCACCAGUGCGGUCGACGAGGACGAGCUGGACGACGUCGCUCGGACGAUCACGGAGGAAGAAGAGACGCAACAACAACAACAACGACAACGACAACAACGACGACGCAGGUGGUGAUGCGUAGUCCAACUCCGAUGGGACAAUGAUUACCGAGCAAACCUGGAGCAUGAUGCUGGACAGCGACGUCACCGGCAUUAACGAGUUGAGCAUCUCGCCGCGCAAGCAGCUAUGGAUCAAAGCCGUGAAGAAGCUCACGUCCGAGCGGCUCGGGCGCGAGAGCCUCGCCGCCUGGGAGGAGGGCAAGCCCAGCGCCGACCCGGAGGACUUCGAGACCCAGGAGAUGGACGAGCGCACCAAGAAGUCCUCGGACGCCUCCGUGGACACGGACUGCGGCGGAUUUCGCGGCGACGACGGCGCCCAAGACAAGCAGGACGUGUUCAAGAGGGGCCGACUGUAUCGCGGAAUAUUCUGUCCGUCGCUCACCAAUAGCUUUCACAACAAGCAGCUGGAAAAUCUCUACCUGCUCUACUCGAAUCGACAGCGUCAAAAGUCCCUCAUAAUGCUCAACAUCAUCGAUUUGCUUCUGAAGGCAUGCCUGAUCUCGAUCUGGCUGUGGCGACGCGAGCCCGACGGCCAGACGGGCGCGGGCGGCCUCUACGAGUCGCUGGCCUGGUCGCUCUGCUGCAUCGUCGCCAACGUCGUGGUGUGCGGCCUCGGCUGGUGGCGCUGCUUCUCCAACAAUUAUCUUUACUGGGCGUCCAUAUUCACUUGGCUGCUCAUCAAUUCCCAGGGCUUUUUUGUUGCGGGCCUGAACUUCCUGACGCAGCAGCGCCUCAUGUGGUACAUACUGUUCGUGGUGUACGCGCCGUACGCGAUGCUGCCGCUGCCGCUGCGCUGGUGCGUGCUGGCGGGCUUCGGCACCGCCCUGACCCACCUGCUGAUCGCCCUCGUCACCGUGCUCAACGAUACUCGACAUCACGAGGACCUGCCGUGCGUGGCGCAAAUGGUGGCGACGAAUCUGCUGCUGUACUUCGCGGUUAAUCUCGCCGGCCUGUACACCAAGUACCUGACCGAUCGGGGCCAGCGCCAGGCCUUCCUCGAGACGCACCGCUCGAUGGAGACGCGCCAGCGCACCCAGAACGAGAACAAUCGACAGGAGAAGCUGUUGCUCUCCGUGCUGCCGGACUUCGUGGCCAAGGAGAUGAUCCGGGACAUCGCGCGCGAGACCGCCCGCGGCGGCCCCAUCAGCUUCCAGCCCAACCAGUUCCAUCGCAUCUACAUCCAUCGCUACGAGAACGUCAGCAUCCUGUUCGCCGACAUCAAGGGUUUCACGGCCCUGGCCUCCCAAUGCAGCGCCCAGGAGCUCGUCAAGGUCCUCAACGAUCUGUUCGCGCGCUUCGACAAGCUCUCCGCCGAGAAUCACUGCCUGCGCAUCAAGCUCCUCGGCGACUGCUACUACUGCAUCUGCGGUCUGCCGGUGGCCCGUGCCGAUCACGCGCACUGCUGCGUCGAGAUGGGCCUGCACAUGAUCCGCGCUAUUAGAGACGUGCGCUACACGACCAAGGUCGAUCUCAACAUGCGCAUCGGCAUACACAGCGGCAGCGUGCUGUGCGGCGUUCUGGGGCUGCGCAAGUGGCAGUUCGACGUCUGGUCGUACGACGUCACCCUGGCCAAUCAUUUGGAGAGCGGUGGGAUACCGGGCAGGGUGCACAUAAGCGAGGACACGCUCAGGUGUCUGAACGACGUGUACGAAGUGGAGCCGGGCAACGGUGCGGAGCGCGACAAUUAUCUCAAGGAUCGCAACGUCGUUACUUAUCUCAUUAAGCAAGUGGAGCCGUUGAGGUCGAGGCGCAGGUACUCGUCGCGACCGAAGAUCUGGCCCCAGCAGCAGGACGCCACCGAUGGUGCUGGUGCGGGAUCGCAGGAGAACCGCACCAAGAAGAGCUUCAAGAUGAGCGAUCGACUGCAGGUGCAGGCGAAUCCGAUGGCGCAGGGCGCGGGCGUCAACAAUUGCCAAGCGGCGGCUACGAUAACGACCCAAGCUGGUGGUACUCAACUGCUGCAGCCGCAAGCCCAAUCGACACAGCCACAGCAAAGCAACAACGACGAGGAGAUCGCCGUCGAGUGGACCCCCGAGAUACCCUUCGAAAAUUUGAACAGCUCGACGUCGGUGACGAAUCUCGAGGAUCUGGACGCGGACGACGCCGCGUCGUCCAAGAGCGCCGAGCAGCAGCAGCUCAACAACAACAACAGCGGCAGCUACAACGCCAGAGGCGGCUCGGCCAACGAGAAGACGUCCAAGGCCAUGGGCGGCGGCUUGAGCGGCGGCAUCGAGACGAUCAGCAACAAGCGCAUGAGGAUAGCCAACAUCAAUCCCUGGACGCUGAGAUACAACGACGAGACUCUCGAGUCGAAGUUUCGCCAGCUGCGCGAGGACAUGUUCAAGUCGAACAUGAUCUGCUGCUUCGUCAUCUGGAUGUUCAUCGCAGUGUGCCAAGCCAUCAUCAUACCCGAUUGCGCCAUCCUCAUGAUAGCUCUGUCGACGACGACUCUGCUGCUGGUCGGCUCCUCCGUGCUCGUCAUGGCGGACGAGUUCAAGGCGCUGCCCCAGUCCCAGCAGAGGCUCAGCUCCAGUCUGGUGCACAACAAGCAGCGGCGCACCGUCUUCAUCUGCGGUGUCAUCGGCCUCAUGGCCCUCACCUCGGUCAUCGGUGCCAUCGCCUGUCCAGUCAACGGUGGAGAGCAGCAGCAACAGGUUCCACAGGAUUCGGCGCUGUUCGAGCGUCAACGAGCGACACCGCUACCAACGGCGUCCGACAAACCGAUGGAGGAGUCCUUGAGGGACGCCCGUAGAGCGGACAAUCUGCUUCUGAAUUUGUUGGAAGCCGCGCUCGCCGAGGAAAAGAAUCAGUUGGCCGACGAGGUGGGUAAUCUGACGGAGAAAAUCGACCACUCGACGUUGGUCAGGUCGCGAAGACACCGAGAUCAUCUCAGAUACUACGAGGACGGCCAUCGCCACCGUCAUCGUCACCAUCACGGCGAGCAGCUGGGUCAUCAUCGUCAAAAACGACAGCAGCUCGCUCCAACGACGACGACGUUGAGCGAAGGAGGCAACAACGACGAUAAACAACAACAACACGAGCCGGAUCGCAAGAUCCUGCAAGAGGUGCAGUGUCUGCGAUCCGAGUACAUAGUGUUCACGUGGAUAUUGUGCCUCGUGGCGCUCGCCUCGGCCCUCAAGCUCUACUACCUCAUCAAGACGGCCCUCGCGACCAUGAUCGUGAUCGUCUACGCCGUCCUCAUACUCGUCGUGUCCAAGGACAGGUUCUCCAGCAGGAACUAUCAGGAUCAGGAGGCAAUGUCCAUUCCGCUGUCGGCGCAGAUGGUCAUAUUCCUCGUGAUCUUUCUCAUUCUCGUGACUUAUCACGGCCGACUGGUCGAGCUCACCUCGAGAAUGGACUUUUUGUGGAAGCAGCAGGCCGAGCGCGAACUGUCCGACAUGAUCGAGUCGCGCAACAACAACAUGCAGCUCAUCAAGAACAUACUGCCCGACUACAUAGCCCAUCACUUUCUGUCGCAGGAGCGACCGUCCGAGGAAUUGUACUCGCAGGCCCGACAGAAGGUGGGCGUGCUGUUCGCGAGCGUUCCGAACUUCACCGAGUUUUAUUCCGAGGACGUCAACAAAGGCAUGGAGUGCAUUCGUCUGCUCAACGAGAUCAUCGCCGAUUUCGACGAGCUGCUGGACGAGAAACGCUUCCACUGCAUCGAGAAGAUCAAGACGGUCGGCGCCACUUACAUGGCCGCGUCCGGACUCAAUCCGUCGCGAAACCCGAAAAACGCCGACGAGAUGGAGCACGUCUGCCGGCUGAUCGAUUACGCGGUGGCGAUGCGCCAGCGCCUCGAGGACGUCAACGUGCACUCGUUCAACAAUUUCGAUCUGCGGGUGGGAAUCAGCUGCGGGCCCCUCGUCGGCGGCGUGAUCGGCGCGCGCAAGCCCGUCUUCGACAUCUGGGGCAACACCGUGAAUCUGGCCUCGCGCAUGGACUCGACCGGCGUCAUGGGCAAGAUACAGGUGCCCGCCGACAUCGCCGCCUACCUGGACACGCGCGGCUACCGCACGGAGAAGCGCGGCCCCAUCGAGGUCAAGGGCAAGGGCACGAUGGAGACGUACUUCGUGCUGGGCAAGAUCAACGCCGCCACCGAGGGCACGACCCGGGGCCGUAGCGGCUGUCGCAGCCUCGCCGCCGUCGUCUACGGGGUGGUGCAGGCACGCAGAAAACAGAUACACGCCGAUCCGCACUGACACGAGCCUCUGCGCGGUGCCACGAUAGGUCGCGACGGCAGCAGCAGUCUGCACAGUCCGGUUCAUCAGCAGCAGCAGGGCGAGGCCAAGAGCCCGGAGCAUCGCGUCGAUCCGUCGCGCGGCUCGCUGGUCAAGCGCUUCCUGCAGCCCGCUGCCAAGAGGACCGACGUAUAAAGCAUAACGAUGAUGCUCGUUCUAAAUGUCUAAUAAAUCGGUAGGAUCGAUAUCUCCGUACGUAGGGGGGUGUAUAGUAGUGCGUUAGCGAAACACAUUUAGAGCAGUCGGUAGUUGGAAAUAGAAUAAUCGCGACGACCGCGCAGUAAGAAACAAAGCAAAAAAACAAAAAACAAAAAAUGAUAGACGCGCCUUAGACUUACGUAUUUAUAUAUAUAGGGCUCGAGCGAUUGCAGGACCUAUCGCCCUACUUCUGAUAUAUUUCUAUUUAUUAUAUAUAUUAUAAAACAGGCCUGCUCGCGCUUAUAUGCAUGCAUUUUUUUCGGAGACUUUUUUUCAUGGCCCUUUUUUUCCUUUUCUUUGCUCUCUACGCGAAAAUUUCCUUACUUUCCUCAAUCUCUCUCUCUGUCUCUCUCAAUGGACCAAAAUGUACUCGCUUAUCUUUUUAUUUUUAUAAUUUUUAUUAAAAGCACUUAUGAACGCGAUUAAUUUCUUAUUCGUCGUCGACCCUAAUUCCCCCGCGUCGAUGUGUGCGCGUGUGUUUAUAGACCUCGCGGCAAGUCUUAUGUCGAAACAACGCUAGAUAUAGAAGUUGCUGGUUAUCUUCUCUUCCGAACUAAUCUAGAAAGACAGAAAAUAUCGUAUAUACGCGUAUUAUCUAUUCAAAUACUCGUGAAAUUGCGAUCUUGACCUCGCGAGGCGAUGGUUCUCGUUUUCGAUGAUAAUGCGCAAUGUAAUUGUUCCAUGUAUGCUGCUCGCAACGGAGCGCAGCAGCAUCGUUGAGAAUUUCAAGAGCUGUGAAAUUGUGUUUUUGCUCUAUCUCUAUCUUUCUUCCAUUUCUCUCUCUCUUUUUCGACCCAUCGAUGUAUUUAAGCAUAAAUGAUUCAAUCUGCUCUGUAUACGUUUUCGUAUAUAUAUAAUAAUGAGAUAAUCGUAAAUUAGAAUUUAUAAAUAUCCCGCUGCAGGCAGCCCAUUAUAUUAUAUUAUAAAGUAAAACAAGCUGUAAAAUUAAAAUAUAUGUAAGAAAACUCUUAGCGUUUUAAGAGAGGCAAGAUAAAUAUAAUUAUGAUUAUAAUUAUGAGAUGUAUAUUUAUAUUAUACGAAA